UGACAUCAUCUACAGCCAAUAAGCUGCAGUGCUGAGCCUGUCCUUAUUUCUGAGAGGAUCGGUGCUGAGGCAGGCUGCAGAGAUACAGGCUGACGCUGAAGCGAUGAGGCCAGGACAUGCGGGACUCAGAUAAGGCUGGCCAGGGUUUCUCUGCAGAACGACUCUGCAGAACGACUCUCUGGGGACAUGUGGGUCUGCCUGAGGCACAGGUGACGCACGUCCGUCACCUGCCCGGUUUCAUCCGGAACAGCACAAGUCUGGGCCGAGCCAGUCAUGGCUAAGAGGGACUACUUGGUGGAUGCGGCUAAGCAGAUCCGCAUGGCGCUGGACCGGGAGGUCAGCGAGGACUACGAGGCUGCCUUCAACUACUACAAGAAUGGGGUGGAUCUAUUACUGAGUGGAGUGCAAGUGGACCCUAACAAGGAACGGCGGGAGGCAGUGAAGCGGAAGACCACUCAAUACCUGAAGAGAGCGGAAGAGAUCUUUAACUCACACCUUCAGGGCAGCUUGGGAAAUGGGACGUCCCUGUCUGGGGGCUACAGCAGCCUAAGAUUUCGGCCAAUCAGAAACCUCAGCACACCAGUGGAGGACUUGAAAAUGUGCAAAGUCAUCGGGGUGAUCGACAAGGUCCUGACUGUCCAAAACCUGACCACCAAGGAGGUGUUUGUGGUUAAAAGCCUGCCUAAAUCAAGCUGGGAGAGUCGGGAACAGCCUACCAUCAUCCCCCAGGGCGUGCCCUUCAUGGCGAAGCUGCUCCGUUACUACGUCAGCGAGGACGUCGUCUAUCUGCACCUGGGGCAUGUCCAAGGGGGGAGGCUUUUCUCUAAGCUGCACAAGUCCAGGAAGGACAAGAUGAAGGAACAUUCUGAGGGCUGCAGCUCCAGCCACUACAAGAUCCGGAUGAAGACCAGCUACACCACCCCUGCUCUCAAUCUAGAGCAACACGACGAAAAGUCUAAGAGGCAGGCCCAGGCGGAGGAGGACUCUGGAGAUAGCCCAGAUGCUGUAUCCCCCUCCACUUGGGAGGAGGUCCGGCAGCAACUGGAGGAUGGCCGGACGCACCCCUACUGUGAGGAAACUGGCUGCCUGCAUAGCGCCAGAGCCAGCCCACCCAAAAGGAGCUGGGUAUCUGGGUCACUGGGGUGGGACGACAGGUUCCAUGGUACCACUGGCACUUUUUCAAGCACUCAGGAAAACCUGGUCAUCCCACCGCAUUGCUGCCCUGGCAAAGGAACUACUGAGGCCUUCAAGGGGAUGUGGGAGCUUUCAAAGACAGACGCGGAGGAAUCCAGCAUUGUGCAGGAAGCUGCAAAUGGCACUCAAGACCCAGAUAAAAUACGCUUGGUGAUCGAAGACAGUCCAGAACCAGUAGGAGGCAGCAGAAUAUCUCAUGAAGCCCAGCCUUCCAUGAAUGACCAGGUGUUACAGGUAGACAAAGACAGUCAGGGCAUUAUUAUGGAUCUGCAGUAUAGAAAGACAGGACAUGCAAAAGGUCAGGUGCCCUGGAGAUUGUGGACAGGUGGAGAAGGGGUAACAGGAUCCAUAGGGGCAGCUGAACCCACUGGGUGGGCAAGCGCCGCUCCAGCAGUUGAACAAACAGAAACGUCCUCAGGAAACCCCCCCUCCUACCACCUCUCUCCAUGGUUUUCCACGCAUGCAGGUGACCCAAAGGAUGGGAACCAAGCCAGAGACAGAAGGGAGUACAUGGAUGAAGGAUGGGAACUGCUAAAUCCAACAGCUGCUGCCAUUCACGGCACUUCGGGACCAGAAGGACCUGGAACAGACCAGCCCAUCGAGGUGGACGGGUGGUGUCUCCUUCCCCGGGUCCCAGCACCACGACCCAAAGAGAACAGUAUACAAGGCUACUGGGGCCUGCCUGAGGGGCAGGUGCGGCUAUGGGGCGCCCAGAUCCUGUUGGCCUUGGAGAGUUUACACCAGCAGGGAAUCUUGUGCAGGGACCUGAACCCGAGGAACAUCCUGCUGGACAGCAGUGGAAACAUAUGUCUGACGUACUUUGGUCAAUGGAGUGAGGUCCAACUGGAAACCAGCGUCACAGCCAUGCAGCGCAUGUAUUGCGCCCCAGAAAUUGGAGGCGUGGCAGACAUCACAGAGGCAUGCGACUGGUGGAGUCUAGGGGUACUGCUUUACGAACUCCUGACCGGAAUGGCCCUGUAUCAGAGCCACCCGGCCGGCGUGCUCCCGCACACCCAGCUCCUCAUACCAGAUCAUCUCAGCACGGCGGCCGCCUCCCUGCUCACAGAGCUGCUGCAGUUUGACGCUGGUUACCGCUUGGGCUCGGGCGGCGGCGGCGUAACGGACAUCAAAUCACACCCGUUCUUCGGCACGGUGCCGUGGCAAGCGCUCACCAGCUAGCACCGCAGUCCACUAGACCCGCCCGCUCUCAUUCGGCAGUAGGCCGCACGAGCUCUUAGAGUCCCAGCUGGUGCACUGCCGCCAUCUGCUGGUGGAAGGACCGAAGCGCCGCCAUCUACAGGGAUAAGAACCGAACUUGGUUGGCGGAAGACUUAAUGGAAGACCUGAGCAUCUGUAGUGAUUUAGAAGCCAACAACAAAUCCAACCCCCCUGAAACAGAUAUGUUAUCAGGUUCAGAAGCAAGAGAUGUAAGAAUGAUAGCUACUGAAAAGUACUCAAUGGUAGCAAAAUAUGUAAAGAACCAUUGUGAAUUUACAGCACUGUGAUGGGUGAAACUGUGUGCAGGUCUUGCAUAAUCAGCAAGACCCAAAACCUUUAACCUAACAACCCUACCCCCAACAAAUCUCAGCAGAAAUCUUUCACGCAAGCUCUUAUGUAGAAUAACCAUACAGCUCAAUGGCCAUACAACAUUGGUUUUAAUGAAGAACAACCCACCCAACCAAGUCUUUGACUGAAUUGAUGGGGGAAAUUUCCUUAGUCCAGCAGCAACAGUACAUGGAAAGGAUGAUAGUCCUCAUGAAAGACAUUUUUUUAAAAAAAGGUCAUGAUACAAUAUUAUAACAAAAAUAAAUAAGCCCUGAAAUGUAGGCUUAUACAUAGAAAAAAAUCCACGGUUUAACCAGAAUAUAUAGGAAAUGACACAGUGCAGCACAGAAACCUGAGAGAGUUAUCUCACAACAUCAAGGAGGAACUUUUCAAUCCCAAAUAAUGGUCUGGGGGUUAGUGAAGACGUGUUCAAAAGUGAGAACUUCCCGAGUAAUGUCAUGUGCCCCUCCUUCCUCAGGCCACAGGCUGAUCCACUUCCUGCUAAUCUGGUCACAAAGUAACCUGCUUCUCCUAGUGUGUGGUGUCUCCUACACACGCACAGCACGGGUUAGCCUUGGCAUACGUGACACAGCACCUUAAGCAAAGUAACUGCUACACACAUGGAGGGAUUUCCCCAGAAAUGUCAUUGCGAUCACACACACAAUACUGGCUGGCGUUUCUGUAUUUCCAGUUGUGACUUUAGUGGUAAUAGGUGGGGCACCUUGGGCAUUUGGAGCUGCUCUCAUGCUUCAGAUAGGAACUUCUCAAGGUGAACUACAGUGCGGCUGUGGAACUCUCCAUGAGAUACACGUUAUAGGGUUUCAGUUCCUCACAAAGACCAGAAUUUUCAGAUUUUACUUAAGCUUGCUUGAGCUGAAAGGUGGAACACGGUGAGAUGAGCCAUUUUUAAUGCUGACAUACUGCUCAGAAAGUGCUUAUUUAUUCAUUUCACUAAAUAUUUGGUCAUUUCAACUUGAGCUGGGAAAAAUGGACUGCACCUUUUAUAACUUUUAUUCCGCAUGCCAUAAAGUGUGUCUUGGGUGCUAUCUACAAGAGAACUGCAUUUCCUGUCCCUUAAAAAUUUUUACUACUUAUAUCAAAAAUUACAAUUUUUAAGCUUGAAUAAAAGUUCCUUCAAGUACAUUUGUUUCUGCUAAAGAUCUCAGUUCGUUGUUUAACUGCUGGUCAAAGGUAAACAGUUUAAGAGUUUCACAAAAAUGCUUCCCCACCUUCAGUGACUAAAAUAUCAGGUACAUACCAGACUUGCAUGUAAUCUUAUUUCAGACGCUGAGUAC